AGCCGCUGUGUAGCAGGGAUACGGCGUAGGCUGCGGGGUAAUCGACUAAAGACGGCGCGGGUGGAAGCCGAAACAACCAUAUACGGAGGGCACUAGGUAUUGUAUGUAUGUAUCCGCUUGGUCUGUGUUUGUAGAGCAAAAGAUAAGAAUUGGGCGGGGAGUAGUACGGGGAAUUCGCGUCUGCUCUAGCGGGGUGGGCCUUGUUCUGCGUCUCGCCGCUUUUGCCCAUGGCGCACUUCGUGCUGAUGCAACGGUGGCAUACGGCCUCGAGCAGCUUCCUUCACUUCGUUGCUUCAGCUGCCAUUUCACAAUGAAGGACAUUCUUAUCGGCGACAGGUACCGUGUUGACCGCAGGAUCGGCGCAGGAGGCUUCGGCCUCGUUUAUUUUGGAACCGAUCUCGAAUUGGGUGAGGAGGUCGCUAUAAAGCUUACACACGUUCGAGAUAACCCCGAGGUGCUCCGAAGCGAGAAGGAGACAUACGAGGCGCUGUCUGGGGUGGUCGGCAUCCUAUAAGUACGGUGGUUCGGGCAGGAAUGCGAUUACUAUACGCUUGUCUAUAACCUGCUUGGUCUGUCGCUUGAGCAUUUGUUUAACUAUUGCGGCCGAAAGUUUUCGCUUAAGACUAUCCUCCUUAUCGCCGACUAGGCCAUCUCCCGAAUCUAAUAUAUCUACUUAAAGGGCUUCCUCUAUCG